UUUCUUCUUUCAUUUUCCCUCCAGACUCCAUUGAAGUGAUAACUCUGAAGCCACAAGGAAAUUCGUCUUCUUCCGAUGAUUGACAGAAGGUAUUUUCGAUCUAUUACUAUGAAUUCAAUAUUUGGUUCUUCCUUGUUUUGAUAUAUCAUUUAUUUUGAAUCAAAAACCCUAAUGUGUCCAAAUGAAAAUCUAGGUUUUUUGAAAGAGAUAUGAUUGUCAUUCAGUAAUAAAACAGCCUGAAGAAACACCAUCAUCAUCUCUCUUGUUCAAAAUCUAGAAAUUUUGUCUGAUUAAUUAGGGAACUUUUUUUAAUCCAAUAGCCCCUAAUAUAUGUCUGAUUCAAUAAUUCAAAAAACAGAUGAUUGAGCUCUUUGAUUCAAUAAUUGAAAUUAAGUUGUUACUCUAUUGUUAAACAAUCAGCUGUUUUUGUUAUGAUCUUAGGUUUUGGACUCAAAAACAUAAUAAUUGGUAUUGUUCAAGUGAUACAGAAUCUUUCAUAUUUUUUUUUGUGUGUUUUGUUAUUGUUUAUAUGACUAUCAAAGCUACUACUGAAGGGGAUACAUAAUUACAUAUGAAAUAUGCUUGAUGCACCAGAUGAUAAGAUUAGUAAUCUACCGGACUCACUAAUUCAUAAUAUCCUUGCUUUUCUACACAUCACCGAUUGUGCUCGUGCUAGCGUAUUAUCUCGAAGAUGGAACUACAUUUGGACUGCUAUCCCCUCCCUUUGUUUAGGGAAACGGGAUCCUAGAAGUUUGCAUUAUCCCUCUCCUGAUGAAACCGAGAAAUUCAUGGAUUUUUUGGAUGAAACAUUGCAUCGUAGUAAUUCGUCAAAUGUAGAUGUAGACAAGUUCAGUCUCGUUUGGCCUCUCCACUUGAAUGAAACUCGGCUUCAUUCAUGGAUCACUAAUUUAAUAAGGGGUAAAGUUAAAAUGCUCAAGCUAUAUUUAAGACAAGAACCACUCUCAUAUAUUCCCCUAUCUCUAUUUACUUGUGAAUCACUGACUUCAUUGGAGCUAGGAGUAUGGCUACAUCAUUUCACCUUUCCUAAGUAUAUCUCUUUUCCAAGACUCAAGCAUCUUAGGCUUUGGGAAUUUAGGUUCAGUGACGAGUUUUGGAAUGAGGAACUCUUUUCAAAUUUCCUUGUCCUUGAAGAAUUGAGUCUGCCUAAGUGCGAGUUUCGUUUGAGGAAUUUCUGUAUUUCAAUUCCUACAUUGAAGCUAUUGAAAAUUUCAGUUUGGGAACUCAGAGAUGGUUCACUAGAAUCUGAUAAUGUUGCAAAAGAAAAUGUGUUGUCUAGCUUUCCAGCACUGGUGGAAGCAGACGUUCGCUGUUACGAUAAAAAAGAUAUUGCAGGAAUAAAUCAGUUACUUCGAGCCAUAGCACAUGUAAAAUGUCUAACUGUCAGUGAUCUAACCUUAAAGGCUUUUCGCUCUGCAAACAAAAUGCUGACAUUUCACAAUGUCAAAAUGUUGACUUUAUCUGGAAACCUAACCACUGAUCAAGGACUAAUUGCUUUCCUCAAUGCAGUACCUAAUCUGGAGUCACUCGUAUUUACCAAGGCAAGUGUUCAGUGUUAGCAUUUAUGUGUUUUGCGCAACAAAUCUCCAUUUGGUUAAACUAAUCUUGUUUAAACUAUGUUAAGUCGGAUUAGUCUUAAUCCGCAUUAAGACAUGUUUAUGGUAUUAAUCAUGCACUAAAAACUAGCUUAAGGUUAAUGCUAGAUAAGGUUGAGUCUAAGCAUGACAUGUCUUUUAGCUUGACAUGUCAUAUGAGCCGUCCUUUGUAGCCACGAGGUGUCAUUCAACUCAUUAUGGAAAGAUUGGAUUGACAUGUGGCAAGCAUGACUAGGACUUCUUUUCUAGCCUCACAAGUUUUCUUUAAAAGAAAAUCAGUUUUCAUCCAUCAAAAAGUAAUGUGAGGAAAUAGAAGUUGAUAAUAAGUCAUGAAGGUUUAGGUUUAAGCGUCUUGAGUGUUUUCUAUUUCCUUGUACUACAACCUAACUUUGUAUGAAUCAUUUCUAGUUUUUUAGUUAUGUAUGGUGUUAUAUUCAGUAAGUUGUUGAGUAUGGAAUACUAGUUUAAAGUAUAAUUUCAGCAUGUAGUUUGCUUAUAGGAUGUUUAGUACUUAAACAUAAAGAUUAAGGAGCUGAAAUUCCAACAUUCAACUUCUAUUUCACCUAGUUAUUACAUAUUCAGCAGCUAGAGUGACUGUAUGGAUGAAGUUUUGGACUGUUUUCCCUCUAAAGUUGUAGUUCUUCUUGUAUGCGGUGGUUUGGUACUUUAUGCUUGAUGGUGUGGGGCUGAAAAUUCAGGACAACAAGUAUUGGAGCAGUUGUAGAAGGUUUGUGUAUCACAAUCAAGGUAUUUUCAGAUCUACGGUAGUUUUGGACUUCUCAAGAUGGCGGUUUUGUUGUAAGAAUAGGUCUGAAUUUUUCUGUUUUGAAAAAUUGUAACUUGUAAUAGUUUGCUGCUUCCAUUACUCGACUAAGUGUUGCCAAAGUAAUGCUUUGAGAGUAUGUGGAAGUGGUUUUAAUGAGAAUUAUGUGAUUGUGGUGGUUUAUUUGAUUCAUUCAGAAAUUGUAAACACGAAUCUUGCCCAAAGGUGUUUUGUGUUUAUGAAAUUUGAUGUGAAUCAAGUCUCAUAUGAGUGACAACUUUUCAUAUGAGAAUUUAUUCUUAAACUUAUUGGGACUCAUUGUAUGUCGUAAUU